ACAGUUUAUCAAAUAUGUCAAGUAAGUAAACUGGCAAAAGGUGUUAUAUUGUGUAUUAAUGUUGAUUGAUAAAGGUAAAUCUAUAAAGUAAUAUCAAAAGUGUAUAAAUAAAUAGUUUAAUCUUGAAUAGCACAAGUUAUUUCUAAGGACACUGGCUGUGUCACGAUUUCUAGUCAUGUGUAGCUGAAACUAAAUGUGAUUCUUCUCAGAUUCAUAAGGUGAGGUUCACGUCAUGUAGUUACGUGUUUGGGUUGAACUGUCUGGUCACAUUAGAACAAACUGGGCGAUUUUUCGCUGCAGGGCUGUUAAGAGACACAGAGCUGAAGAGGGAUUAGAGCUCAGAGCGCUGAUUUGGACUGAGCCUCAUGGGACCUUAAAGCUGCUAAGCCUGCUGACGGCAUUCACCUUAUUCUUAUGUUAGUAAAGUCAUGAUAACGUUCUUACAUAUAUACUCUAUGGAGGAAACAAGUUGUCCCACUUUGCAGAGCACACGGUGACUUUAAUGCUGACACAAGACACGGUACAGCUCUGCCAGCAAAUAGAUGAUUAUGCAAUAACAGACAUUUAAACUCCAUCUGUAUCAAAAAGAACAUUCAAAUUUGUUUGCAGUUAGUUUUAAUGUUGUAAAAAUAGUUGGAAAAGUAGUUUAACUGUAUGAAUUACGUACCAUUUAUCAUGCAAAUUAGUUCAGGCAAGACAGUGUGUCUUUUCCAGAUAGGAUUUGUGUGUUCUAGGCCUGGCCACCAUAAAUAGCACAGGAAGUUCUGUCUCUGACAUUUAUUUAUUGUAUCAUGAUUUUAUUUUGAAAUACAAGCUGUAACUGACUAAUACUUUGAUUUUAACAGCAGUGUGACAGAUAGAAGUAGAUGUCAGGUCUAAAGAAGGCAACAGGACCUAGAUGCAUUUAAUGACUUAUUUAGGUUUUAAUAUAAGUCAGAGUUUGUACAUUUGAAAUUGUAAUAGUGUUUAUUUACCUGCACCAUGCAUUUUACGCUAAGGGAGUAAAAACUGCUGUGUAUUUGUUCUGAAGGGUACUAACUUAACUUUAAUUACCUGCACAGAACAGUUUAAAAUUUAGAAUGAGGGCGCUCACUUGGAAAUCAUUUUUAAUUUGGCUACUGGAUUGAUUUGGGAAUGACUCAUGCAUAAUUAUUCCAAAUGUGUGUCCUGUCGUAAAUUCUCAGCGACUGACUUUGUAUUCAUGUGUUUCCCACAGGUGUGCAUGAAAGCGCAGGAUGCACUCCGUUCAGACCGGGAUGUGGGAUCCACGGCCCCCGUCUAAGCAUGCGUCGCCCGCGCCGGUGCCCCCCUCCUCCGGCUCACGCCUCUCCCAUGUGACCACAGCCGCUCCGGCCAAGCGCAUCACCUUCUACAAAAGCGGCGACAGCCAGUUCGGCGGCAUCAGGAUGGCCAUUCACAAGCGCACCUUCAAAUGCUUCGAUGCCCUGCUGGACGACCUUUCCCAAAAGGUGCCUCUCCCGUUCGGCGUGCGCACCGUGACCACUCCUCGCGGCCUCCACUCCAUCAAACACCUCGAGCAGCUGCAGGACGGCGCCUGCUACCUCUGCUCGGACCGGCGCCAGGCCAAACCCAUCAAUAUGGAACUGGCAAGCAGACGCCCGACCAACUGGUACCAUCACGGCCGGAGGCCCCAGAGGCCGGAGACGGCGUCCGCGACCCCACCGGGCCACGCGGCGUACAGACAGCGAAGGAUUCUUCUGGUGAAGAACAGCGAGCCAGGGAUGAGGAGGAGUGUGGUGCUGAGCAGGAGGUCGACCCGGAGCCUGAGGGCCUUCCUGGAUGAGGUGUCCGAGGUGAUGCAGUUUCACGUCCGCAAGCUGUACACCGCAGAGGGCCGGAGGAUCGACAGCGUGCAGAGCCUGAUGACUUGCCCUGGCGUGUUGGUGUGCGUCGGCCGGGAAGCCUUCAGCCCAUUGCUGGUUAAUUUCAUCAGGAAAAGCUCGGAGGAAAAACUGCCUGGUCUGGGCUCCAGGACUCCAGGAAACGGGGCCCGGUCGCCUGCUGCUCAGGGAGCAAGGUCCCCACCUCACGGGGCUCAGUCCAGAGCCAGCGAGUCCAGCGAGGGACACGAAAGCAAGAAAAAUGUUAACUUUGGUCUAGAAACCAAGAAGAGCAUCAUCCACCCUCGUUCAGAUUCAUCAAAUCGCUCCACCCGAUUUUCUUUGUCUUCGGACAAGUCGUACGGCAACGGCAUGGCUGCCUACUCCCAGUCCAGGCCUGCCAUCAUGAACGAUGACAUUGAGAAGCGGGUGCUGGUGAACAAGGACGGCAGCCUCUCCGUGGAGAUGAGGGUCCGCUUUCGCCUCCACAAUGACGAAACUCUCCAGUGGUCCACGCAGAUUAAAAAGUCGCCAUCGCUGACCAACGACUCGUGCCCCCUGAGCCAGGCUGAGCCCCAUUAUCUGCAGCAGGGCCAGUCAGAGAGCUGUUCUGACCCUGACUCCGUGACCUUUGACCCAGAGCAUGUGGAUUAUUCCAGUCAGCCUCUGCAGCACGCGCUGGACACAAACCACUGCCCUUGCUGCUACCAGAGACAAGAGCUGCGGUAUGAUUUGUGGGAAAAUCCUGCACACAGCCACAAACAGCCUCCCGUCCCACCCCCGCAUCCACACGCCUCCAGCCACACCCACACAAUCACGAGACACACGCAUUCCUCUAGCUCCUCCUCUUCCUGUAAUUCCAGGAGGGUGGUGCACUGCCGGGCGCAGCUUUCUAGCUGCAGAGCGGGCUCGGGUUCAGAGCAGAGCCAGGUGGUGCAGGAGGAGGUGUGUGUGACGGAGCAGGUGGAGCACAGAGUGGACGUGGAGCAGGACGGAGGCACCCGCGUAGAGACGUGCACAGUGAGCCGCUGCUGCAGCUGCAGCGAGGUGCUCGCCAUGGAUGGCAGCCAGCGGCCGCUCAGCAGGAGGCCAGCGGAGGGUGAGAUCGAGGAGGAGGAAGGGGAGCGUCCCGUGUCGGCCGUCAGCAGCUCCUCCCAUGUUCUGCAGGCUCUGAAGGAGGAUCAGGAUGACGAGGACGAUGAACUGCCACCAAGCGCUUCUCGGUGUUGUCAUUUCCGCCGGCCGUCUGCGUCUCCCGCCUCCCAGGUUCACAAUAAUGAUAAGACGGCUGAGGAUGAGGAGGACGCAGGAAGAGCGGCAGAAUGCUCCUGCCACGGCACAACAGCCACCCCCCUUUCAACAGGCGGCGCAGACAACGUGGAACGAGCUUCCAGCUCCAAGUCUAAGAUGAGCGGAGCCAAGAGCCCAAACUCUGAGGAUGAGGGGGCGGCAGACGAUGAGGAUGAAGACGUGAAGAGGGUUGUUAGUGGCUUAUCUGGUUGCACAGGUGCAUUCAGCGUGUGCUCUGUCUGUGGCGGCUGCAAACAGGGAUCCAGCUCAGUCUCUGGUAGCAGAGCAUCCCACCAAGAGAGGCCUCCUAGUGCGUCCUCAUGUGCGAGCCACAGGUCCUACAGGUCACACAGCUCUAACUGCAAUGGUGCCGCAGGAGUCACAGCUGUAAAAGAGGAGGAGAGGAGUCACAGCACUGUGUCAGCUCAGUCCAAAGCUUCAGCCAAGUCCAACUGCAGCGGUGCAGCUGACAGAAAAAGAGCUGAGGCAGAGGGAGAGGACGCUGCAGAGAGAGCAGUCAGCUCCUUAUCAGCCAGAUCUGGUGUUUCUGCAAAGACCAGAGAUUCCGUCAAGUCCCACUGUCGGAGCAGUUCAAAGGUCGCCUCCCCAAACCCAAAUACAGUCACAGAAGAGGGUGGCAUGAACAGAAUAGCUCCAAGGACCAAGUCAGCUGCCACAGCAAGAUCCGGCACCUCCCAUAAAACCACCUGCAGCCUCUGUGUGAAAGCAGGGUGUACAGGUGCCAACGUAGCUGGCACGAAGGAAACAGGGCCGGAGGAAGAGACCGAAGUGAAGGAGAGACCAGUGAGUGCCACGUCAGCCAAGUCCAAUCUGUCCCUAAAGUCUAGCAAGUCCCGUAAGUCAAACAAAGCUUCUGAGAGGCCACUUUCUCACUCUGAAGCUGAAGUAGAUGCAGAGGAACGGGCAGCAAGUCAAAUGUCAGCCAGAACUGUGAAAUCCAACACGUCUAACUGUAAUGGCACUGAAACUGCGGCUGAGGAGAAAGAAAACGAGGUGGCGGAGGAGGAAAUGCAACAGAGGCCUGAAAGUGCAACGUCUGGCAAAUCAGUGAAAGAAGAGAGGGCCGUCAGUACCGGGUCAAAUAAAUGUAACAACAACACAGAGGAAGCUCCAGAAGAUGAAGACCACACAGGAAACGAUGAAAAUGUACAAGACCGGACUGCCAGUGUUUUAUCUGGGACAUCAGCUGUGUCUGCAAAGCCCAGUCCCAGUCCUAAUGUGGUCACCAUAAAAACACCAGAAGGAUGUGACGAGAAGGAAAAUGAGACGACAGAGAGAGCACCAAGCACUGCUUCCGUAAGAUCCAAAGUAUCAUCACAUCAGUCUAAUCACAGCAGAACGCCUGGUGUUACUGCAGAUGCAGAUGGAAAAGAUGUGGAGGACGAUGCAUCAAGAGCUGAAGGUCCUGUAGACUCUUCUGGCCAAAUGCUGUCGCCCAGAGGAGCCCGUUCCAGAGCUCCCAGUGGCUUGUCAGUAAAAUCUACAACUUCUGCCAAAUCUGGCAGGUCCAAAUGUCGCUGUGGCGCAUCCUUGGCAAAGAAGGACAAAGCGGGUGAGGAUGGGGAGACGGAGGAGCCGAAAACAGAGCAGGCUUCAGAGCGAGCAGCUAGCAUCAUGUCCUCCGCAUCCAAAAAGCAGAGGAGGGACUCAGGGGACACAGAGCAACUCAGGAGUCGAAACUCAUUCGAGUCAGUGUCUCUUUGUCUGCCAGAAGACCAGGAAACGGCUGAUUCCGAUGGUGGCAAGUCUGGUGUUUCUGCCAAAGACAGAGCGGAAUGUCCUGAUGUCUCCAAAAGCCCCGAGGAGUCUGGUGCUAUGAAAGAUGUGGAUGAAACAGGUUCUACCGUGCAGCCCCCACCAUCUGUCCAUAUCGAAACUCCCGGACAGAGUAAGGAUGAAGGUGAAGAGGCUGAGAAGCAGGAUCCAAAAAGAAUUGCCAGUGCAAAUUCAGCAAAAAGCACCAGGUCUUCGUGUAAAUGUCACGUCAAAGCCAACGUAGGGAAUAAGCUUGAAACAGAAAGUGUGACAUCUUCCUCGACCACAAGAGCUGCCAAUCUGAAAACCUCUAAAAAACGGACCGCAGGGUCGAGUCGUAAACAUGACAACGAAGCCCCAGCUGCUGAGGAUGCAGCAGAUAAAGACACUGAGCAGGCUGCCAAUAGUCCCUGUUGCCUCAGGCCCAAGUCUGGAGCUUCGUCUCAAUCCAAGCAAAACAAAGUUAAAAGUCCGGUCACAUGUCACAAAUCUAAACCAGGAAGCAACAGUUGUAUAAAAACACCCAACUCUGAAAGGAAAGAAACAUCUGUCAAAUCCCAGAGCAAAGUGGAGACGUGCAGUGACAGCCCUCUGUCCCACUCCCUGUCUGCUGCCGACCUGCUGAGAGAAACCGUGGCUGCCGCGCGUCCACGCAGCUGCCAGUCCAAAGCCAGCAAAGCCAGCGACCCGGCCAGGAGUGAGAAGAGCGCCCGCUGCCAGAGGAACAGGAAGCUGAGCGAUCGGGUAGAGGCGCUGACACCGGCCUGUCUGCCCAACGCCUCGCCCAGCGACGUGGUCAGCGAGUGGCUGAGGAGCAUUCCCACCAACGGCAGCAUGCUGGCGCCGGACGAUGAGCUGGAUGAGCCGAAGCGGGAGAGUGAGGCAGAACCAGCAGAGGAGGCCGCGAAGGAGGAGGAGGUUCCUGAAGAUGGACUCAGUUUGGAAAAGGAGAAGACCGAGGCUCAAGGGGAGGAAGAGCAGGAAGGAGAGAUGGAACGUGAGGCCGCAGAGGAGGAGCUCGGUUCAGGCGCCGCCCCGGCUGAGGCGGUGGCCACAUCAGGCUCCAACACUUUGCUGCUGACUGGCGUGUCGCUGCCCAGGAACUGGCACUCCUCCGCAGCCGUGAUGAAGGUCCUUCUGAGCUCCUCUCUGGGUCGAUGUCACAGCAUGCCUGAGGUGUCUCCAGUUUAUGGUCGCAGACUGAGCACGUCAGCCAGAGGCCUGCUGGACUGCCUGGCCCAGCUCCAGCUCAUCGAGCCUGCAGUAAAUGCGGCGUGUGACCACCAGAAGCACAGCGACCAGCAAUACGAGGACAUUAGAGCCAUCCUUCAGUCCCUGUGGCUCACGAAGGCCAACGAGGCUAAGGAGGGCGGAGGAGAGCAGGUGACUACGCCGAGGUCCUCUUCAGGGGUGGACAUGAGCAGUGGCUCUGCUGGGUCCGGAAAAGAGAAUGGAAACCAGGGAGAGGAGGAAACACCCCCCAAAGACUCAGAGUCUAUACACGAGGACGAGGAAGCAGAGAAGGCUGAAGUAGAGGAGGAAGAAGAAAAUGCAGAGGAAGGAGACGAGGAGGUAAAGCCAGAGGAGAUGUCCACAGAGCCAGCUACUGCAGAACAAAGCGAAGACCAAGCUACUGUAGACAGCUCAAAACCCACCGGCAACCCAUCGUCGUCAGACCAAAGCUCCGCCAAUGAGUCCAAAUCCCACGAGCAGGAGAUGCUGGAGGACACCAGCUCGGACACGCCUCCCACUGUCCUGCGAGCACCCUUGACCAAACGGCUAUCUCAAGACCCUGAUCCGGUGUGGGUCCUGCAUCUCCUGAAGAAGCUGGAGAAGCAGUUCAUAAACCACUACAUCGACGCCAUGGCCGAGUUCAAAGUCCGCUGGGAUCUGGACGACAGCCUCAUCCUCGACACCAUGAUGAAGGAGCUGAGGGACGAGGUGAGCCGGCGCAUCCAGAGCAGCAUUGAACGCGAGGUGAGGAAGAUUCAGAGUCGCGCAGGCAAAUUAGCGAGGUCGCCCCGGCCGCCGCAAGGCAGGAACCUCUCCAGGGAGUCCACCAUGACAGAGAAGAGGCGUCGGAUGCUGAAGGUGAUGAAGAACCAAUCGGUGAAAACUGGCGACUCCCUCAGUGACGAAGACAUGACGGCGGAUUUCAGCGACCAGCGAAGCGAUGAUGACUACUGUCCCUGUGAUGCUUGUGUCCGCAAGAAAAUGGCUGCCCGGCCCCUCAAAACUAACCCGACUGCUGCUGAAGCGCCGCUGAUGAUGGAGUUUGACCUCCUCAAAAUACUUCAGCUGAAGAAAAGCCCAUUGCCUGCAGACGUGGCCCAACCUGUUGAGGAGGACAGCGAUGAAAAGGAAAACAACUUAGAGGUGGUGCAGGAGGAAGAGGAGGAAGAUGAAAGCAAAGUGGAUAUCAAAGAUAGUGAUGAAGCAGGAGAAGAAGACGGUGAUGAAGCAGGAGAAGAAGAGGAGGAGGUGGGAGGUGAACAAGAGGGAAACAGUGUAGGCAAUGAGGAGCAGGAAGAGGGUGAUGCAGGGGAGGAAGUUGAAGAAGACAAGGUGUCAGAAAAUAGAGAGCAGGAGGAGGAAGAGGAGACAGAAUGCUGCUGUCACAAUGACAGAGAGGAUGAGGAGAGCGAUAAAGCAGGAGAAGGUGAUGGAGACACAGAAGAAGAAGCCGAGAAAGCCGGCACAGGAGACGAUGAAGAGGAGGGGGCCGAGGAGGAAGAAGAGGCAGGAAAUGGGGGAGAGGAGAGCGACAAGGAGACAGUGAAGGAGGCAACGACCGGUGAAGGUGGGGAGGAGGGGGAGGAGGAGGGAGAGGAGGCGCAGAUAACAGGCAGAGAAAGUGGAGAGGAAGAGGCGACUGGAGAAACCGAGGAUGCGGAGGGCACCUCGGCCGAGGCUGAGGGUGCCGGAGGGGAAGACGAGAAGGGAGGAGAGACAGAGGAGCAGGAGGGGGAGACGCCAGAGGAGGAGCAAGACUCCACAACACAGGUGGGAUCCCCGGCGGGAGAGGAGGAGGAGGAGGAGGAGGAGGAGGAGGGAGCGGGACAGAAAGGUGAGGAGGAAGCUGUGGAAGAUGCUGCUGCAGCAGAGGAGGAGGUGAACGGCAGCGGGGAGGAGGGCGCCCUCCUCCAUCAGUUCACCAGGACCUCUGUGGAGUCGCAGCCCGGCUCCUUGGAGGACGUCGACACCGACUCACCUCAGACCACUAUAGAAGUGCCCAAGGCCCGUGUGUCUGCUAACGGUAUGAGUGGACCGUCGGGCCGGAGCAAACGGCACAACCCGAAGGCACUGGACAGCGUUUAACUCAGAGCCCCACUGACUGCAUGCACACGUAGGUGUGUAGGUCUGAAAGCACAAACCAACAAAGACUGGAACACUUGAAGCACUUUACUUCUCCACAGCUCAAAGCACAGAUUUACCUAUUUACAGUAACUAUAUGGAUUGUACUUGUUAUGUUUAUUUGCAUUAUAUAUUUCAAAAGUUGUGGGCGUGAUGAAGGGAAACAUGUAUUCAUGUAUUCCUGUACUGUCUGUGUGUGAGUAAGUUACAAUGUAGUUUGGUUUGACAGUGAUUUGACAGCUGUGGGUGUUCGUGGUCAGUAAAACCCAGCUGUGAUGCUUAACUAAAUCCAAUAGCCAUUAACAUACCUCUGAUAUGUUUGAGAUGCUAGACCUGGUUUCUCAAUACGUAAUGUGUAUAUCACUUCCUAUUUUUUGUGUUUCUGUGUAGACCAAAUUUAAAAUGCUCAGGAGUUUAGAUAACCUAUUUCUAAGUUCAGAUCUGAUCUAUUACCUAAGUAGCUGCUUUAAUUAGUCUGUUUAAAUAGUCCUCAUUUAGCCGACAGCCAGAGAAGUCUAACUAGACAGCUGUAGAAAGUAAGUAAGAAACUAUUUCCUCAUCUACACUUAACGAUUACUUCUAUUUUGAAACAAACAGCAGAUUUCAAGUAGGAAACUAUUAUUUAGUAGCGCCUUAUAUAUUAUUUUGUAAUCUUUCACGUUUCCCUUUCCUGUAAACUCAACUGUACCUGAUUAUACUUGUGUUUCAUUUAUAUAAGUUUAAUCAGGCCAAUGUACAGAAAACACCAGAAGGCAACGUGUGAACAUCAGGGUGACGUGAACCUGUUGCUGGAGCUUUUCUAGGGUGUGUGUUGGGCUGUAGGUUCAGGUGGGGUUUGCAUAACCAGCCUUUUGGAACAACAGCAUGAAGUGUGUUACUGAUGCCUUACUGUAUCCAUGGUUAUAUGACAGUGGGAGGUGGUGGUUAAGUGGCUGUCUAUUGUUUCCUAACGUCUUGUCUGUCUGUCAGCAGCGGCUCCAGUAGAGCGUGAUUUAAAGAGGCUUAAUCAGAGGUGCUCUUUAAAAUGAAAUGCUGAAAAAUAUACUUUUUAAGGGAUAAUUGUCUUCUAUUUAAACCAAUUCAAGGUGAGUGAGCUGCAGGUUCAGUCCUUAGUUCUGUGUGUGUGUGUGUGUGUGUGUGUGUGUGUGUGUGUGUGUGUGUGUGUGUGUGUGUGUGUGUGUGUGUGUGUGUGUGUGUGUGUGUGUGUGUGUG